AAAUAUAAAUCCAUAUCAAAGAUCAGUCUCCAAUUGUAUGGAGUGUAAACAACUACACAUUUCAAAAUCAAUUUUUUUUUUCCCAAUUUCAUACAGAAAAAGAAAAAAUAUAUUAAAAAAAAAGUACAUAUAAGGAUCAGCGACAAAAAAUAACACAUACUGGUUUAGUUUGUUAUCGUUUGUUAUAUUGUUUCGUGAACACAACAACUAUAUAAAGAAAAAGGACAAAGUAUGGAAUCGGACAAUUUGAGCAGAGCCGUCUCAUCGGCCACAAUCACCUCGGGUUCCAUGAUAAGGAAUCGUAAGCUAAAGAACAAGCGGUUAUUGCCGACCUUUGACCUGUCGCUGGAGCAGAAGGUUGAUAUUAAGAAGGCCUUCGAUCUGUUCGAUACGGAAUGCACUGGUUUCAUAGAGGUCAAGGAACUGCGAGUGGCAAUUCGCGCUUUGGGCUUUGAGCCGAAUAAGGAGGAGAUUAAGAUUAUGAUGGAUGAGAUCGACAAGGAUAAGACGGGACGCAUUGCGUUCAACGAUUUCUUGACCUUGAUGCGUCUCAAAAUGGCCGAAAAGGAUACCAAACAAGACUUGAUGAAGGCAUUCUCGUUUUUCGAUGAUGAUCGCACCGGUCGCAUCACAUUCGAUAAUCUGAAGCGAGUGGCCACCGAGUUAGGUGAGAAUCUCACCGAUGAAGAGUUGCAGGAAAUGAUCGAUGAGGCCGAUCUGGAUGGCGAUGGUGAAGUAAGCCGCGACGAAUUCUUAACCGUCUUGAGGAAAACCAACUUAAUAUAGGACCAUCGUCUCUCAGGGAAACGGCGUCUGUUUAGGCAUAUUCAAUCCCCCCAUUUUAUUUCAGGUAGAUAGCGGCUUACUAAUCACAUCAAUACCAUCAAAUAAUUUUUGAAGAAGUUUGGAUAUGCUUCGGUUAAAUAAAGCAUUACAAAAUGCACCAAAGCA